AUGCUGUGUAUCCUCCCAGACGAGCUUCUGCUCAUCACAGGCGUCACCGGCCACGUCGGUUUCGCCGUCCUCAUCCACGCACUAAGGGCUGGCCACACCGUCCGCUGCGCCGUCCGCUCAGAGGCAAAGGCCGCCUUCAUCCGCUCCCGCCCCCAGAUUCGCGCUCUCAACUUGGCGCGCGCGAGGCUCAACUUCACCAUCGUGCCGGAUAUCACCGCCGAUGGCGCCUACGACGAGGCCAUCCGUGGCGUCUCCUCCGUCAUCCACGUCGCCUCGCCCCUAGCGACUGCCGACUCUGUGCCCAGGGAGCUACACCAGGAGUACUUUAUCCAGCCCGCCGUCCGCGGCACCCUCGGCAUGCUCGAGGCCGCAAAGCGCGCCGGUACCGUCCGCCGCGUCGUCAUCACCAGCUCUAUCGUCGCCCUCACCUCGGUCGACCAGAUGGAGGGCCGCGAGCGCCGCCAAACCCCCGUCCAGCCCAAUGAGCGGACAGGCUUCAAGCCCGAGCCGUACGAGAGCGAGUUCGCCGCCUACGCAGCAUCAAAGGUCGCAGCCCUCAAGGGCGCCGAGGCCUGGAUUGCGAGAGAGCAGCCCCGCUUCGAGGUCGUCCACCUGCACCCGUCCUUUGUCAUCGGCCGCAACGAUAUCGCGACCACGACCAACGAAGCCAUGAAGGGCACCAACGCCGUCAUCCUCGCCACCCUUCUCGGCAAGAAAUGGGGCUGCAGCUACGCGGGUGCGACCGUCCACGUCGACGACGUCGCCCGCGCACACGUGCAGGCUCUUCUGCCCUCUGUCCCGGGCAACAGGAGCUACAUCCUCAGCACCAAGGCGCGGUGGAAUGACGCGAAGCUCAUCGCCAAGAGGAGCUUCCCCGAGGCCGUCGAACGCAAGCUCGUCUGCAGUAGUGGCUCGGUGGGCACCGUCAACAUCGAGUUCGACGCCUCCGCCACCGAGGAGGUGUUUGGGUUCCUGCUCCAGAGCUUCGAGGAGCAGGUCCGGAGCGUGGUCGGGCACUUUGUCGAGCUGCGGCUGAGACGCCCGGCGUUUCCUUCUACCGGUUCUUCGUCAAUGGCGAUGAACCAGCAUUUGAGACCAGAGAUUGUGGCGGCUUAG